CGAGGUGUCCAGCACUAUCAUGGCCGCGUGAUUAUGCUUCCCGAAACAGCAAACAUCCACCCGAUAGCUCUCGUCACAUCAACCUCGCCCACGGAGGAGACCCCGCGAUGCCGCCGCCGCCGCCGCAGCCGCAGCCGCAGCCGAGCGCGGGCAAGGUGACCCCGAACCUGGCGACGGACGCCGAGGGCACGCGCCUCCUCAACCUCACCGUCCUGCAGCGCCUCGACCCCGCCGUCGAGGACAUCCUCGUCACCGCCGCGCACGUCACGCUCUACGGCUUCAACAUCGACCUCAACCAGUGGAGCCGGAAGGAUGUGGAGGGGUCGCUGUUCGUCGUGAAGAGGAACUCGCAACCGAGGUUCCAAUUCAUCGUCAUGAACAGGCGCAACACCGAUAAUCUCGUGGAGGAUCUAUUGAGUGAUUUUGAAUAUGAACUUCAACCUCCAUAUUUGUUGUACCGGAAUGCCACACAAGAAGUAAACGGCAUUUGGUUUUAUAACCAACAUGACUGUGAAGCUGUUGCGAGUCUUUUUGGAAGGAUACUGAAUGCUUACGCGAAAGUGCCUCCAAAGCCAAAAGUGCCUUCCACAAAAAGUGAGUUUGAGGAGUUGGAGGCUGUUCCUACAUCCUCCGCCAUAAAUGGUCCCCUUGAACCCCCUCCAUCAUCCACUGCUGUAGUUUCUGUUACCCCUGAUGGAUCGUUUCCCAAUUAUUUCAGUGGCGCUUCUAGUGUUGGGAAUGCACCAGGUGCACAAAUGACCGGAAGAGCUCACCCAUCCACCGAGUCUGUUGCUUCCUCCCAUGUACUACCAAUGAUCGCCCCGUCUGCUGCUCCAGUAUAUCAAAUGACUGCUUCAUCAGCUCCACCGCUGCCACUCCACACCAAUGCCCAUACUGGCCGCUCGACAAACCUUGUAACUCCGGCGUUCUUUAUACCUCCAUCAUCCUCUUCCAUGUCUUUGGUGCAACCAGUUUCAUCCCUGAUGCCUACAGCACCACCUCUUCAUCCAACUUCCACAUCCACCCAGCGUCCUCCGUAUGGUACCCCCCUUCUUCAACCCUUCCCUCCAGCAACUCCUCCUGCAUCUCUUACUCCUUCGCACAACGAUGUACCUAUUAUUUCGAGGGAUAAAAUCAAGGACGCCGUCCAGAGACUUGUUCAGAGCGACGAGUUCAUCGAUUUAGUCUACCGGGAGUUGCAGAAUGCGCAUAUAUAGAGACCGAGUCUUUGUGAAGUUUCUGACCGUUACAAAGACUCAGUCUCUGUUCUUCGUGAAUUUUGUAUGCUUUUAGCCUUCAGUCCUCAAACCAAAGUAUAGCUUUGCCCUAAUGCAUACUCUGAUGUAAAGUCCAUACUCCUUAUAGCAAUGGUUGGUAGGAUUAUGUUUUCUUUAUUCCAUAUAUGUGUAUUGUUGUACAGUAUAUGUAAUUUAAAACAGGUAAUGUAACAGCGUUGGAUGCAAUUUUUAACGUGAAAUAACUAAUAACUUUUCUUAUA